AUGGACGGAGAGAAUCAUUCAGUGGUAUCUGAGUUUUUGUUUCUGGGACUCACUCAUUCAUGGGAGAUCCAGCUCCUCCUCCUAGUGUUUUCCUCUGUGCUCUAUGUGGCAAGCAUUACUGGAAACAUCCUCAUUGUGUUUUCUGUGACCACUGACCCUCACUUACACUCCCCCAUGUACUUUCUACUGGCCAGUCUCUCCUUCAUUGACUUAGGACCCUGCUCUGUCACUUCUCCCAAGAUGAUUUAUGACCUGUUCAGAAAGCGCAAAGUCAUCUCCUUUGGAGGCUGCAUCGCUCAGAUCUUCUUCAUCCACGUCAUUGGUGGUGUGGAGAUGGUGCUGCUCAUAGCCAUGGCCUUUGACAGAUAUGUGGCCCUAUGUAAGCCCCUCCACCACCUGACCAUUAUGAGCCCAAGAAUGUGCAUUUCAUUUCUGGCUGUUGCCUGGACCCCUGGUGUCAGUCACUCCCUGUUCCAACUGGCAUUUCUUGUUAAUUUACCCUUCUGUGGCCCUAAUGUGUUGGACAGCUUCUACUGUGACCUUCCUCGGCUUCUCAGACUAGCCUGUACCAACACCUACAGAUUGCAGUUCAUGGUCACUGUUAACAGUGGGUUUAUCUGUGUGGGUACUUUCUUCAUACUUCUAAUCUCCUACGUCUUCAUCCUGUUUACUGUUUGGAAACAUUCCUCAGGUGGUUCAUCCAAGGCCCUUUCCACUCUUUCAGCUCACAGCACAGUGGUCCUUUUGUUCUUUGGUCCACCCAUGUUUUUGUAUACACGGCCACACCCUAAUUCACAGAUGGACAAGUUUCUGGCUAUUUUUGAUGCAGUUCUCACUCCUUUUCUGAAUCCAGUUGUCUAUACAUUCAGGAAUGAGGAGAUGAAGGCAGCAAUAAAGAGAGUAUGCAAACAGCUAGUGAUUUACAAGAAGAUCUCAUAA